UUCUUGACGCAACAACUCGCCCCCCGCAAGGUUUAAUUCGGAAAAACUUGCCACACCUACGAAGCAACCCCUCUCCUCUCUCUCCCUUCCGUCCUCCCGCCGUCUCCGGCGUCUUCUCCCCCGGCCCUCCGCCGCCUCAGAAUCCUAUUUGCCGGCGGAGAGGGGGAGGGGGAAGAUGGGUCUGCUGCGGGGGUUUUCGGUGGUGUCCUUGAUGAAGCGGAUGUGCAAGGCGGCGCUGAAGAAGGGGUUCGGGGAUCUGUUCCUGGGAGACCUCGACCUCGACCAGUUAGACCUCCAGCUCACCCGCGGCACGCUCGAACUCACCGACCUUGCGCUGAACGCCGAUUACAUCAAUGGCCUGAUUUCAAGGUCUCCUGUCAUGGUGAAAGAAGGAUCGAUAAAAUCCCUGCUGGUUAAAUUUCCUAAAUUUCCUACCAUUGGCAAACCUGUCGACAGUUGCGAGAUUGUCGUAGAAGAUUUGGAGCUUGUGCUUGCUCCAUCUGUUGAUAGUGAAGUUCGACCUUUAGAUACCAAAUGUUCUGUUUCUGUUAAUAAUAGUGGCACACAAACAUCAGUCAACACCAAAAGAAAUGGAUCUGAUAGUGAUCACUGUUCUACAUCUGCAUCUCGAGAUGUGGAUGAAGGUGUCAAGAGGAUUGCCAGUGCUGUGAAGUGGUUCCUUGCUAACUUCAAAAUCAAGUUACUAAAUACUUAUGUUGUAUUUGAUCCUCAGACCAGUUUGGAUACCAAGGUCUCAGAAUUUGAUAGAUCACUAGUUUUUCGGGUUAAAGAGAUAGAAUUUGGUACGAAGCUUAAAACGGAGCCUGUUCUCAAAUUGUAUAAUUUUGUAACAUUCAGUGAGGCGGUGAUUGAGUUUUUAAAGAUGGAUGAUGUUGAUGCACUGCUUCGGAAUGAUUUGGAGAGAGGAACAGCUGACAUCUCAUCAGGUCAUAAUAGUACUACCGACGUCUUGACGGGUCCCAUAGGUGGAUUCUCAGGGAAGUUGGAGUUAAGCAUCCCAUGGAAUAAUGGAUGCUUGAACCUUCAGGAAAUUGAUGCAGAUGUAUCUGUUGAAUCAUUAGAAUUGCUGUUACAAUUCAGCAGUAUCCAGUGGUUCAUGGAUGUGUUGGGUUCUCUCCAUAGGAAGCUAGUUACUGAACAGGUUCAUAAUACAGCAGAAGUGUCCUUGAACACCUCCAGAUCUAUCUUAAGCUCUUCGAAAUCAGGUUCAGACUCAGUGAUAGCUAGCAGGGACGACUCGGACCAGAGUGCCUUCAAUCAAAGCAGACAAGACAGAUAUCAGGAUUCUUUCCUAACUAAGGCAUAUGUGAUUCAGGACUGGAUUCCGGAGCUAGUUGUCCACGAGGAUCAAGGUGACCCUGACUCAGAUUGUGAUGAAAGCAUCGAUCAGUUCUUUGAAUGCUUUGAAGAGCUGAGGAGUUCCCAGACUAAUUUAGGAACUAGUGGCGUAUGGGACUGGACGUGUUCAGUAUUCAACGCAAUUACUUUUGCAUCCACUUUAGCUUCUGGAUCAGACCAAGUCCCUAAAGAACCACCGAUUAAGAAAACCUUGCAGGCUGCCAUUGCUGAGAUAUCUGUUAUUCUUUUGUUCAGUGAUGAGAUUGAUACUGGCAAUUCCAGUAUUCCUCUUAGUCUCUUCAAUGAUAUGAGAAAUUCCGAAAUGUUUUCGAGCUGCCUUUCCUCUGCGCAUUUUGAACAAUCAAUGAUGUCACCUGCUAUGGCUUCCAGCUUAAAUAUGCAUCAUCUUGAAGCCAAGUGCCAGAACAUUAGUCUUAAACUUGAGACAUAUCCUAAAAAAGUAGGGUUCACGGCAUCGAUUGCCCACAUGAAGCUUGAUGAAUACUACAGUACUGAAAACCAUGAUUCAAAUCACUCCCACCUUGGCACUGCUUUUUUAAAUAAUACUUUCUGUAGAGAAGUUCAAGCUGCUCUCCCUCAAUUCCCAUUUGCAGCUCAAGAUUAUAGGGUUGAAACAGCUGGAUGCUUUUCCAACAAUUCAAAUAAAUUCACUAAGGUUGAGCUGCUAAAAACAUCUGAUGAAUGCACAUUCCAUUAUGAUGUCAGUAAUACAGAUCAAGAUGGCAAUUCAGUAACGUCAACUUCACUAUCAAUCUGUUUGGCUCCUUUGAUUUUGUGGGUGCACUUCCAUACAGUAUACAUGAUACUGAAUUUUAUCAGUAAAGUCGAGUCCAGUGUCUUUCAUGGAGAGCAUAAACUUCAUAGGGAUAGUGAUGACAAAAGCAGCAGAUUUAGUACCAGAACUAAUACUUCCUCGAGCGAGAGUCUAAAGGUUCAGAUUAUCCCGUCACAUGCAAGAAUCAUCUUCUGCUUUCCUUCUGAGCCCUCAUGGGAUUUAAGCCGCCCAUCAAUCCUGGAUAAGUUCCUUGUCGUCGACCACACAUCAUCCCAGAACUCAGAUAAAGCUUCCUCGCCACUUCCAAAUGAAAGGCUUAUUGAUGUUCAUCCGAGCACACCAUCUACCUCACUCUAUUUGGCUACUGGGGACUUUGAAAUCUACUUGGUUAAACCCGCCAGUUCAUUGGAUGGUAGAGUUUGUUCUUCGAGUAGGCACACUUUCUCUGCCCAGAAGAUCGUUUCUGUGACUAGAUCUGAUCAUCAUGACUCCUGCAUUAAGAUGAUCCGGAAAAACCACCCUGUGACUUGCCCUGAGAUGGUGAACAAAGCUUGGAGUUUGGUGAACCUACAUGACCAAAAGAUCAAUCAGAAACAAAACGGCAAAUGGGCUGGUGUUUCCUCUUCUACAACUUCGCAAGAUCUUGUAGAGUCAAGUUGUAUACGCCAGGAGCUCCUUAAGAGCACCCAGUUCUUGCUGCAUGUUCAACUUCCUUGUGUUUCAGUUCGUCUCAAUAAGAAGGAUUGUGGACUUCUAAAUCAGCUGCUAGAUCAUAUACUUGAUGGGCUCUCAGAUGGAGGAGCAACAAGCAGUUCUGAAAAUAGCAAGGAAAAGACCAAUGAAACUGCCAUUCAAACAUCUGUCAUUUUUGAAUGCAGCAUCUUGGAUAUUUGCACUGAGUUGGGUGAAACUGUGGAAGUUGGUCCUUCAUUGCAGACAGAACUAGAAGGUUCUUGGAGUUGCCUCAAGUUGUCCGUUUCGAAUUUCUCUCUGUGCUCCUUUUCUAAUGUUGGUGGGGUCAGUGAUACCAGUUUUCUUUGGGUUAAUCAUGGUGAAGGUGAGCUUUGGGGUUCGAUUACUGGUACAGAUGAUAAAACAUUUCAAGAAAGCACAGAUUUUCUUCUAGUUAUUUGUAAGGACUCUGCUAGCAGGCGGGGUGAUGGUGAAGGUAACAAUGUAUUGUCUUUCGGUACUGCUGGCUGUUCUGUGACCCACAUCAGGAACCCGAAGCUACAAGAGAAUUAUACUUCUGUCAAUGUUUGUUCUGGGACAAUUGUGGCACCUGGAGGACGAAUGGAUUGGAUCAAUGCAAUAUGUUUGUUGUUCAGUUCAGGUUCAAGUGGAACUGAGCAGUCCAAUAGUAGUGGCACAAAUAAUUCACAGGCCGGUGAACCUUUUUGGUCAUCUUUUUUUCUUGAGUUGGCUGAUGUUGCUCUGAGCUAUGAACCUCACCUAAAAAAUUGUACACUCAAUUCUGAAGCUCCAGACUGCAAAUUCUUUUCAUGCCUUUUAGCUGCAUCAUCAUUUAAACUUCAUAAUAGAUCUGCAUCAGAUUCUGCAGCUACUGAUUUUGAUAUUGAGCUGCGAGAUCUUGGACUUCUCAUUGGUGUAUCAUCUGGUUCCAAAAAUGUCACUUGCGAUUAUGGUGUAGAUUACCUUCGCCAAAUGGGCUAUGCUAAGAUUGGCCAUAACACAUUCAUUCAAGCUGCUCUAAGAAUUGAUACUUCCUUUUGGAAGCUUGAAAUAUCUGAGUCACAGUUUGAUAUCGGAACUUGUCGUGAUACAACAUCUGGUCUUGUUCGUCUGGGUUCCCAACUACAGCAGCUAUAUGCUCCAGAUAUGCAGGACGCUUUAGUUCAUCUACAAUCUAGGUGGAAUAGUGUCCAACAAGCAAACAAGCAAUAUAUGGCCAGUGAUGCAUCAGAUAUGUCUGAGAGCAGCACUGAAAACUCGGCAGAUUCUGGAGAGGGCAAGUCAGAUGGACUACUUGAUGAUGUAAUUGAGAAUGCUUUUUACACAGAUCAGGUCUACACAGCCUACAAUUUUUUGGAGAGAAAUUGUAGCAACUCAUUGAGCAGCAGUGAACUGAAUGUUGAGUUUGAGAUGAAUACAUCCACUCCUGAGGCAAAUGAUCUGAGUGUUUCACACAUUUCGCUUGGAUCAUCAGUAAUAACUCCAGAAGCCAAUACCACUCAAAAACCACUAAAAAGUAACUCCUGUCCCGAGCAACUUAUUGACUCUUAUUAUAUGCCUGAUCUUUUACAUUCAUCAUCAGCUCCUAUUUAUGAAGACCAUCAAUGUACAUCUGGUGAUGAUGCUCGUAAAACCAUGGACUGUGUAGAUGGUGGAUGGUACAAUAAUACUCCCUUGACAAUAGUUGAAAAUCAUGUUUCAAAAAGGAAAAAUGGACAAGGGGGUCAUGUGUUCCAACAAGAAGACAAGCCUGCUAUUUGCAGCUUGAAUUCUGGUGAAUCUUGCAAUUUGAAAGGCAAGGUUCUUAUUCAUGAUAUAGAUGUUAAGUGGCGAAUGUAUGCUGGAGAUGACUGGUCGUCAGCUACAAAAGAUACAGCUAGCCGCUCAUGCUCAAAUGGAAGAGAUAUGAGUUCGUCUUUAGAAUGUGUCGUCUCAGGGCUCAGUAUCCAAUUUGAUAUGUAUCCAGAUGGGGAUGUUUCUGUUUCUAAGUUAUCUAUCUCUGCUCAGGAUCUAAAUCUUUGUGACCAAAAUACACAUGCUCCAUGGAAAAUGGUUCUUGGAUGCUACAACUCAAAGGAUUACCCUAGAGAAUCUCACUCCAGUGCAUUGAAGUUAGAACUGGAGUCUGUAAGGCCUGAGCCACAGGCUCCUCUGGAAGACUACAGGCUAUGUCUUGAGAUUUUGCCUCUUCAAUUGCAUCUUGCUCAAGCGCAACUGAACUUCCUCAUCAGUUUCUUCCAGAACGACUCAUGUAACAAAAACCAUCAGUUGCCUUGUGGAAAUGAGAUUGUUGGUAUCAACAGUACAACCUGCGGAAGCAAUUCAAUUGUGGAUGAGGCAUUACUUCCUUUUUUUCAGAAAUUUGAUGUGAAGCCUCUUGUCUUGCACAUUAAUUAUAUUCCUCGUCAGUUCGAUCCCAUUGCACUGGGAAAAGGACAUUAUGCAGAACUUCUCAACAUCCUUCCAUGGAAGGGAAUUGAUUUGAACCUGAAGCAUGUUUCUGCAAUGGGUGUCUAUGGGUGGAGUAGUAUCUGUGAAACUGUAGCUGCAGAGUGGUUGGAGGACAUUUCCAAAAAUCAGGUCCAUAAAUUAUUGAAAGGGCUUCCUCCUAUAAAAUCAUUAGUUGCUGUCGGUUCAGGCACUAAGAAGUUGGUUUCUUUACCAAUCAAAAGCUACAGGAAGGACCGGAAGUUGCUCAAGGGAAUGCAAAGAGGUGCUGUUGCUUUUAUCAGAAGUGUUUCCAUCGAAGCUGUAGGGCUUGGUGUCCAUUUGGCGGCAGGAGCUCAUGAUAUGCUUUUGAAGACAGAACACGCCCUUACAGCUGUUCCAGUGCCUUCAACCUCAAAUGAAGUUAAAAAAGCCAAAGUUAAUAUAAGAGCUAACCAGCCUGAAAGUGCACAUCAAGGGAUGAAGCAGGCCUAUGAAAGUUUAACUGAUGGACUUGGAAGGACAGCCUCUGCUUUAAUUGGGAACCCUAUCAAAGUUUAUAAUCGUGGGGCUGGUGCUGGAUCAGCACUGGCUACUGCGAUCUGUGGAGCACCAGCUGCUGCUGUAGCUCCAGUAUCAGCGUCUGCUCGUGCUUUACAUUAUGCACUUCUUGGACUAAGGAACAGCCUUGAUCCUGAGCACAAGAAAGAAUCUAUGUACAAAUACUUCGGUCCAUCUCAAUUGUAGACUUCAUUGAGGAGAGGGUUGGGUAGCUCAAUGGCAUCUUCGCUUUCUUGCCGCCUAUCGUCUCUUAGCUUAAGAGAACUGGUUGGAGAGCACCUGCAUGCACUCACAUCAAAAGCGAGGGGCAAACUUGUACAGAGUAAGUGAGAAUUCUGUACUUCUAGCUCUAGGGAUCCAGUUCUUAAAAAUCAUCAUCUGCUCACAUUCUUAAUGGGGUUCAUAAUAUAUCUGCACAGGUGUAUAGUUCGUAGGACAGGUUAUAUGUACGUCAAGCUCCUCUAUAGCAUGUAAAUUAAUACACACCACGGUUGUAGUCACCACACCUUUUCCACCUCGGGUGGAAGUUCUGUAAACUCGUAGCUUAGGCAUUGACCUAAGGUUGAGGGAGACGAUCAGGGAAAAUGGCUCCAACUUCGUACAUAAUUUGGUUGUGUUCUGAGUUGUGCAGAUGUAAUUAACUCUUUUGUUUCGGUUGCCAGUGUGUUUAUCGUCUUGCUAACCGCCGACAAUAUGUUCUCCGGCAUUUCAAGUGUAAAUGUUUUUUUUAACCAAGUGUAAAUGUUAUUAUUAUCAGGUUUUCUGCUAUUGCAGUAAACUGUGUUCAGUUGUUGCUUUGCCA